AUGAAAACCUCCAUUGUAUACAAGCUGAUUUCGCUAUUCGCACUGAUAUGCGUGGUGGUAGCAAAUACAGAGUCAGAACUCGAGCAACCUACAAAGCUAUUAGGAGGCAUCGUCAGAUCAUCGACCAACUGUAAGCAGAAGGUAUCAGGCAACUCCAAAGUCAAAUUGCAUUACAGAGCUCGAGUGUGGGGAUCAGAAGAAUUCUAUGAGAGUACAUAUCUUAGCGAAAAGCCUCACUCCUAUAAGCUUGGCAGAGAUAAAUUGAUGAAAGGUUUGGAGCAAGGCAUCCACGGCAUGUGCAAUGGUGAGAUUCGUCGUUUAUUGAUCCCUGCUGAUCUUGCAUAUGGCCAGAUGGGUCUUCCCAAUUUAGUCCCAGGAAACACUGCUAUCAUUUAUGAAGUUGAGAUGCUUGAAGUCAACUCGCCAUUCUAUAAUCCCUGGUUUUGGGCUGGUCUCUUCACCCUUGGAUUCGGUUACUUCUUCAUGAACAAAUACAUGAACAUGUCCCAGGCCGCAUCGUCCUCGAAAUUCUUGGAGAAGGUUGCCAAAACUGAAUGA